AUGGAGAAUACCGACCCCCACUACUCAGAAAGACCCACAAAAGGGUCCGGCAAGCCUGUGAGCCAUGCAGGUGGGCGGAAGAAGGCUAAAUGUCCUGGAGAGCAGCCGGUCUGCUCUCUAUGUGCUAGGCUGCGUCAGGAAUGCGUAUAUGCAGAGGAACGGCGACGGCUACAGGCUUUAGAGGAAGCUUCAAGGUUUCAUGCAGCAAGCCUACCAGCCCCGCAGACGCUGGAAGACAGGUUGCGGAGCUUAGAAGGCAAGCUAGGAGAGGUCAUCGACCAUUUAGGUGCCAGCUCGAAAGCAAACACUUCCGUGGCAAAUGACACUCACUUGCCCAGUGGAAUGACCACGUCCGGCACAAGUGCAACGGUUGUUCUACCUCCUUGGACGGCGAUCGGUCCCAUAGCGGAGCUGUACUUGUUAUAUUGCGAAUCGCAGCCUCUGCCCCUGUUUCACAGGAGCAGUUUCAUCAACAGCCUGCAAACACGGGAUAUCGAAGUCAUCUACGCCAUCUUAGCCUUGAGCCUAAGGUUUUCAGAUUCGCACCGGGAUUCUCACAAUUUAACCGAACAGGUAAAUAGCUAUGCUGAAGUAGCGCGCGGCCUUGUGAUGAAGCGGGUCUCGGAAGGGCCAGUUGAGGUCUCAACACUCCAAUGUCUUUGUCUACUGAGCUUGGUGGAUUUUACAAAUGGGAAUACGCAUCGCUCCAGCAUUCACAGCAGCCUUGCCAUGAACCUGGCUCAAUGCGCAAAUCUCGGCCUAGAGCCCCGCGCCCCAAUCAGCGAGAUCCACCGCGAAGAGCGCAGACGCUGUUUCUGGAGCAUCUGUCUGCUGAAGCGACUACACGGUGGCGACUUUUCAGUAGAUCUUCCGGAAGUAGGGGGCCCUGCUUAUCCUCAGAGUCCACCUAGACCACCACGAAUGCUCUCCCCAGGUCCUACACCCCCCGAAACGCGGAGAAGCGAUAUCCAAGAUCAAGGCAUCAUUGCCUAUGUCAUCAUGCUGAGCGAGGCCUUUGCACGGACUGCACGAUAUGUACGGCUCCGAGGACGACCGAGCAAUGUCCCGCCGUGGUCACCGCACUCCGAUUAUUCGAAGAUCAUUGCACUACAGAUGGACCUCGAGACGCGCAUGCCUCUCACACAUCGAUUCAAACCGGCCAACCUCAGCGACAGAUCCUUGGAGGAGCUACAAGCUCACCGAGAAUACUGGGGACCUUGGUUCUUGAACCAAUUCAUGUACCAUACCAUGCUGUGCCUGCUCAAUCAUCCGCUUUUGCUAUCCCUGAGCCUGCGCACUUUCCGGAGCACUAUCCCCGAGAUAUUCCUCCAGCAUACCUCCGACCUGAUCUCUUCCCAUACCACCUGGAUCAUCCACUUCAUCAACUACUUCGAAGAGAAAUCCUUCUUCAUUUCCGACCCACUACUGGGCUAUAGCGCCGCCGUCGUCGCCACCAUCGAGCUGCAGCUCAGCUUCACCGAGAACCCCACCAUCCGCAACCAGAAGCGCGACCGCUUCACCAAAUGCGUCAAGUUCGUCCAGCAGAUCGGCGAGCAAUGGCCUCACAUGGCCCGCCUCGCUCAACGACUGCAGCACCUCGAAGACGCCGUCUCCGCCACCUACCAAUCCGACCCCGACGCGCAGAACCAAAGCCUCCUGAUCGACCUCUCCCGAUUCUGGGAAAUCCUCGAGUACUCAUCGAACAGUGACGCAAACUCUGCCCGCCGUCUUUUCGGCGACUCACUGUACACAGGUCCCUCCCCUGCAAAUGCGGAAGUGUCACAGACUUCUCCACUGCCUGCGCCAACGCGCAUUGGCGAGGAGAGGCCGGCGAGUCUCCAGUCGCCGCGCUUUGGUUCCAAUGCGGCAUUUGCGGACUACUCGGCCAACUCGCUGGUCUCUCCACAGCAGCUGACUUUGACAAACGACGACUUUUCGAUUCUUGCAACGAACUUCUUUUCGCAGGGACAGGAGUUCCUGCGUGGUGGGGAUACUUGGGAUAAUAUUGGGAACUUUUAG